CUUCGCGCUCGCUCGGGGAAGCGCCAGCACCCGCCCUCCAGGAUGAAGAAGCUCCAGGGAGCUCACCUCCGCAAGCCUGUUACCCCAGACCUGCUGAUGACCCCCAGUGACCAGGGCGAUGUGGACCUGGACAUGGACUUUGCCGCAGACCGGGGAAACUGGACGGGAAAGCUGGACUUCCUGCUGUCUUGCAUUGGCUACUGUGUGGGUCUGGGAAACGUCUGGCGUUUCCCCUAUCGAGCCUACACCAAUGGAGGAGGUGCCUUCCUUGUGCCCUACUUCCUCAUGCUAGCCAUCUGUGGCAUCCCCCUCUUCUUCCUGGAGCUCUCUCUCGGUCAGUUCUCCAGCCUGGGGCCUCUGGCUGUCUGGAAAAUCAGCCCACUCUUCAAAGGUGCCGGUGCAGCCAUGCUGCUCAUCGUAGGCUUGGUGGCUAUCUACUACAACAUGAUCAUUGCCUACGUCCUCUUCUACCUCUUCGCCUCCCUUGCCAGCAGCCUGCCCUGGGAGCAUUGUGGCAACUGGUGGAACACAGAGCGCUGCCUAGAGCACAGAGGCCCCAGGGAUGGCAAUGGGGCACUGCCACUCAACCUCACCAGCACCGUCAGCCCCAGUGAGGAGUACUGGAGCCGCUACGUCCUUCACAUCCAGGGCAGCCAGGGCAUUGGCAGGCCUGGGGAGAUCCGCUGGAACCUCUGCCUCUGCCUGCUGAUGGCCUGGGUCAUCGUGUUCCUCUGCAUCCUCAAGGGAGUGAAGUCCUCGGGCAAGGUGGUGUAUUUCACGGCCACAUUCCCUUACCUCAUCCUGAUCAUGCUGCUGGUCCGAGGAGUGACCCUUCCUGGGGCUUGGAAGGGCAUCCAGUUCUAUCUGACCCCUCAGUUCCACCACCUGUUGUCUUCCAAGGUGUGGAUCGAAGCUGCUCUUCAGAUCUUCUAUUCUCUGGGUGUGGGCUUUGGGGGUCUCCUCACCUUUGCCUCCUACAACACAUUUCACCAGAACAUCUACAGAGACACCUUCAUCGUCACUCUGGGCAAUGCCAUCACCAGCAUCCUGGCUGGUUUCGCCAUCUUCUCCGUGCUGGGCUACAUGUCUCAGGAGCUGGGUGUGCCUGUGGACCAAGUAGCCAAAGCAGGCCCUGGCCUGGCCUUUGUGGUCUACCCACAGGCUAUGACCAUGCUGCCUCUGUCGCCCUUCUGGUCCUUCCUCUUCUUCUUCAUGCUUCUGACUCUUGGUUUGGACAGCCAGUUUGCCUUUCUGGAGACCAUCGUGACAGCAGUGACAGAUGAGUUCCCAUACUACCUGCGACCCAAGAAGGCCGUGUUCUCGGGCCUCAUCUGCGUGGCCAUGUACCUGAUGGGGCUGAUCCUCACAACUGAUGGGGGCAUGUACUGGCUGGUCCUUCUGGACGACUACAGCGCCAGCUUUGGACUCAUGGUGGUAGUGAUCACCACGUGCCUCGCUGUCACCCGGGUGUAUGGCAUCCAGAGGUUCUGCCGGGAUAUCCACAUGAUGCUGGGCUUUAAGCCGGGCCUCUACUUCAGAGCCUGCUGGCUGUUCCUGUCCCCAGCCACGCUCCUGGCCCUGCUGGUGUACAGCAUCGUCAAGUACCAGCCCUCAGAAUAUGGCAACUACCGCUUCCCCGCCUGGGCCGAGCUUCUGGGCAUCCUGAUGGGUCUGCUGUCCUGCCUCAUGAUCCCAGCUGGCAUGCUGCUGGCUGUGCUGCGAGAGGAGGGCUCUCUCUGGGAGCGGCUCCAGCAGGCCAGCCGGCCAGCCAUGGACUGGGGCCCGUCGCUGGAGGAGAACCGAACGGGCAUGUAUGUGGCCACACUGGCUGGGAGCCAGUCACCAAAGCCGCUGAUGGUACACAUGCGCAAGUAUGGGGGUAUCACCAGCUUUGAGAACACAGCCAUCGAGGUGGACCGUGAGAUGCUGAGGAGGAGGAGUCCAUGAUGUGAGGCGGGCGGACAGAGGCCCUACCAGGGCCUCACAGGCCCUUCAUGGGGCCUGCAAGGGGCGGCCAAGCCUGCUGGGAUUCCAAACGACUGUGGGAGAUUGCCACAAUGAUGCUGAUCCCCCCAUGUGAGUCCCUCUUUGUGGCCUCUGCCUCUCCUGAAACCUCUGUUUAACCUUCU